CCAGACCUGAAAAGUUCCCGUUUGCUGUCAAAGAGGAACACUUUUAUACAUCAUCAACUCCAGACACAUCUCUUCUUUAACGAUAGCAAACUAGCAGUUUUGGAGCAGGUGAAGCAUGAACAAAGAAGUGUUGUCUUUGAUAUUCCUGUUUCAAAUCUAUGGUCAAAGUUUUUGCCGAAAUGGAACCAGGCCCAACAUUGUGAUGGUGAUGAGUGAUGCAUUUGAUGGGCGAUUGACCUUUGACCCUGGCAGCAAAGUGGUGAAGCUGCCGUAUGUAAACUACCUCAGGGAGCUCGGUACCACAUUCCUCAAUGCUUACACCAACUCCCCCAUCUGCUGCCCCUCAAGAGCAGCGAUGUGGAGCGGUCAGUUUGUUCACCUCACUCAGUCUUGGAACAACUACAAAUGCCUCGAUGCUAAUGCCACAACAUGGAUGGACUUGCUGGAGGAGAAUGGAUAUGUGACCAAGUCGAUGGGAAAGCUGGACUACACCUCAGGGAGUCAUUCGGUCAGUAAUCGAGUUGAGGCCUGGACACGGGAUGUUCAGUUCCUCCUGCGCCAAGAGGGCCGGCCUGUUACUCAGCUUGUUGGGAACACGUCCACAGUGAGGAUCAUGAGAAAAGACUGGGAAAACACAGACAAGGCUGCGCAGUGGAUCCACCAGAGAGCUGCGUCCUCACACCAGCCCUUCGCUCUUUAUCUCGGCCUCAAUUUACCUCACCCCUAUAAAACGGAAUCCCUGGGACCCACUGCAGGAGGAUCCACUUUCCUCACUUCACCCUACUGGCUGAAAAAGGUGUCUUCAGAGCUCAUCACUGUUCCUAAAUGGCUUCCUGUUGAUGCCAUGCACCCCGUCGACUUCUACUCCACCUUCACCAAAAACUGCAGCGGUGUUUUCACUGUGGAGGAAAUCAAAAGCAUAAGAGCCUUCUAUUAUGCCAUGUGUGCUGAAGCUGAUGCCAUGCUGGGUCAGGUGAUUUCAGCUCUGAGAGAGACUGGCCUGCUCAACAACACUGUGGUGAUCUUCACGGCUGACCAUGGAGAGAUGGCCAUGGAGCACCGGCAGUUCUACAAGAUGUCGAUGUUUGAGGGCAGUUCCCACGUUCCCCUGAUGAUCAUGGGACCUGGGCUGAUGUCUGGCCUGCAGGUCAACCAGCUAGUGUCCUUGGUAGAUCUCUAUCCCACUGUGCUGGACAUUGCUGGUGUUGCAGCAGUAGGUAAUCUCAGUGGCCACUCGCUCCUUCCUCUGAAAUCAAAGGCCAGAGUGUUUUCCAAGAAGCAACAUCCAGACUGGGUUCUGAGUGAAUAUCACGGCUGUAAUGUCAAUGCCUCGACAUACAUGCUGAGAAGUGGCAGGUGGAAAUAUAUUGCCUACGCAGACGGCCUGACUGUCCCCCCACAGCUUUUCGACGUAACACUGGACAAGGAAGAACUUCAUAAUGUUGUUCUAACAUUCCCCGAUGUGCAGGCACAUUUGGACAAGCUAUUGCGGGGCAUUGUGAACUAUCCAGAAGUCUCCAAACAUGUCCAUCUCUACAAUAGAAUAGCAUUUGGUGCCUGGCGCCAUAGUGUGGGGACAAACUACAGCCAGGUCAUUGCUAACCUGAGGUGGCAUGUGGAUUGGCAAAAAGAUGCGUUUGCCUAUGAAAGAGCUAUUGACAAGUGGCUCGAUGGCUCUUUGUGAUAUUUUGCUUUGUUGAAAUUAUGGUUCACUUUAGGAUGUGUCUUGGUUUUGAAUGAGCUGGACUCAAGCUUUGAUUAAACUUGGCCUCUCACAAUUUUUUACAGUGAGAGCCACCAAUGGGUUUAUAUGUUGCUCUUAUAUUUAUACUGUAAAUGCUAUAAUUACGGAUCAUCCAGGACGUAUUUAAUUUCCUAAUCUACCACUAAAUCUGGACCUUUACUUAUGUAACAUCUCUGAUAAUUUGCAAUGACUUUCAAUGGGACCAAACAUAACAUGUCAAUCACAUAAAGUUUAAUGAAUUCCUCCCAGUAUUUAGCUAUUUCCUUAUCCGAAAUAAAUGAAUAUUUUGUUCA